AGUCGAAGGGCAGUCUCGAAGAGGAUCGCACGCAAUGAAGCUCUCCUGGUGCUUGGCGCUGCUCGCGGCCCUCGCCGUGCCUUCCACGGGCUUGGAUGUCUUCAGGAACUACAAGUCUCUCAGUCGUUACUGCCCGGCGCCCUUCUUCAAUGUGGGGCCAGAGUGCUUCUACGUGAACAGAGCCCCGAAGAGUUGGCACCAGGCAAGGGCCGCCUGCCAGAGGAUGGGCGGCGACCUCGCCGAACCCACCCACACGUACGUGCUCUUGGAGGCCCUUCGAGACAGCCAUGACUCCUGGGAGGAUAAAUGGUUCUGGACUGGAGGAGAGAUCUUCAACCGGGGCGGCGACAGCUCCCAGUGGACUUGGUUUUCCGGACGACCCGUAACCGAAUGGUCAGAGAACCAGCCACAAGCACGUGAUGGAGAAGACUGCCUGAUGAUGGGGCUGGACGAAGACCCUCCGAUGUACGAUUACUUCUGCGCUGAAGAUUACCACUCCAUCUGCGAGCUCGACGAGUGAUCGAUUUCUUGUGUUUGUGAAAUGAUUAUGAUUUGCUCUAGCUUUCUGUGUCAAUUUGUUUUUCUUUUUUUAUUUCCUCCAUGUUCAUUAUAUGCAGUCACCUUUCUCAAUAUAUAAUUAAUUUAGUAUAGUACAGAGAGGAUCAGCCAAGUACAAUAUCCCUCCUUUUUUUUGAAAGGUCAAGAGUAUGGCUAAAUCUUCUAUCAAGAAUUACAAUUAAUAAUCUUGUUUAAUCAAUAUUAUAAUCAUCAUUGGCGCUUUAUGAAUUAAACAGAAGGA